UCAUAUGAUUUUUUAAAAGAGCAUGUCGAAAAGAUUAGCUCAAGUUAAAAAAGGCAAAAAACUUCUAGAUAAAGUCAAGGUUGGGAAUUUUUUAAGACUUAAAAUUCCAGCUGGUAAAGCAUCAGCAGCUCCACCGUUAGGACCACAACUAGGCCAGCAUUCUGUCAAUGUUGCCCAAUUUUGUAAAGAAUUCAAUCAAAAAACUGAAAAUGUAAGAUAUGGUGUGCCUAUUCCCUGCAGUAUAAAAAUUAAUCCUGAUAGAACAUAUAAUCUGACAAUACAUCCCCCCACUGCUACCUAUUUCUUAUUUUCAGCUGCUGGAAUAGUGAGAGGAGCAAUGAAUCACGCCAAAGAACAUGCUGGAAUGCUAUCACUAAAACACAUUUACGAAGUAGCAAAGGUUAAAAUCGAAGAUCCAAAUUUACUAGGCAUAUCCAUGUCUAAAAUGUGCAGAAUGUUGAUUGGUACUUGCCACUCCCUAGGCAUAAAGGUGGUUAAACAACUGGAUACUCAAGAAUAUGAAAAGUUUCUGCAAGAACGGGACAAAGUUGUUGAAGAUCAAAUUAGAGAAAUUCAAGAGAAAAAACAGGCAAAACUAUUAAGAACAAUUACUUGAUUUUAUUUUGAUAUGUAAUUGAUUUUGAAUGAAAAUUUAAAUGGGGAAAUGAAAAUAUAAUUGUGAUAUUAUA